AUGCCGGAAGACGAGCAGACGCAGGAAGACGAGCAGAUUCCGGAAGACGCAGGGAUGCCGGAAGACUCAGAGAUGCCGGAAGACGCAGAGAUGCCGGAAGACGCAGAGAUGCCGGAAGAUGCAGAGAUGCCGGAAGACGAGCAGAUGCUGGAAGCCCUGGAGAUGCUGGAAGCCCUGGAGAUGUAGGAAGACAAGGGUUUUCUGGAAGACGUGGCUUAGUUGGAAGACGUGGAUUUUCUGGAAGACGUGGAUUUUUCUGGAAGACCUUUGUUGGAAGACAAGGAUUUGCUGGAAGACGUGGAUUUUCUGGAAGCCAUGGAUUUGAUGGAAGACAUGGAUUUUCUGGAAGACUUGGAGGUCAUUGGAAGACAUGGAUUUCCUGGAAGACAUGGCUUUUCUGGAAGACGUGGAUUUUCAGGAAGACCCGAAUUGUCUGGAAGACCUGGAUUGUUUGGAAGACGUAGAUUUGCUGGAAGACCUGGAGGUUACUGGAAGACAUGGAUUUUCCGGAAGACGUGGAUCUCUAGGAAGACGUAUAUUUGUUGGAAGACCUGGAUUUAGUGGAAGACAUAAAUUUUCUGGAAGACGUGGCUUUACUGGAAGACCUGGAUUAGUGGAAGACAUAAAUUUUCUGGAAGACGUGGCUUUACCGGAAGACCUGGAUUUACUUAAUAUGGAUUUGGCGGAAGACAUAGAUUUUUCUGGAAGACGUGGACUGAAUGGAAGACCUGGAUUUCUUUCUGGAAGACGUCGAUUGCCUGGAAGACCUGGAUUUUUCCGGAAGACAUAAGUUAGCUGGAAGACUUGGAUUGAUUGGAAGACUUGGAUUUGGUGGAAGACAUAGUUUUUUCUGGAAGACGUGGAUUGGCUGGAAGACCUUGAAAUUGCUGGAAGACGUGGAUUGUCUGGAAGACCUUGAAACCAUUGGAAGACAUAGAUUUUCUGGAAGA